AUGGUGGAUGCCGCCCAAAAUAUGCACAAAUCAGUUGGCAACCCUCCGCCUACAGCCACGGCCACAAAACACAACCACAACCACAACCACAGCCACAGCCACAGUCGACUGGGCCGGAUAUCAGACGAGGACAGGCCUAACUUUAAGGUCGGCCGAAGAGUGCAUAGCAGAGCCAGACGAGACCUCAAACCAGACCAUCGGACAAUCUGGCCUGAGCAACAAUGA